AUGUCUCUCACCGCCACCACGGCAACGACCAGCAACGCGACAACAACAGCCGCUUCUAUCUCAGUACUCACAAUCACCACGCCAUGGGUGGAGCCGUCAGACUGCGCGUCCCAGUGGACGACCAGAAUCGUGUCCUAUGAAAUGUACGGGGGCACCACCGUUACACAAGAGUACACCAUUUCCAACCCCGCGGCGACAUGCUAUCCUUCCGGGUGGGACGGCUUCGCGCCGGAGCACCGUCUCAGGUUCAGACCGGGCGUGUGUCCCGACGGAUGGGUUUACAACGACAUGGCCGAGCCUAUAACCCGAGUGGUCUCGACGGCUCAUUGCUGCCAGAGGUUCGUCAUUGUCCCUCUUCUUCAGAUCACAAGAGCUAAAACGCUAACCAAAAUCCAUCGGUCCAGCGGCUUCGAUCGCUUGGGGACCCAUACCUUGAGAAGCCUCUCAACGUUGGCUCCCCUAUGUGCAAAAUCAGAGUGGACAACCGUAGGCACGAGAUCGGGACCAAGAACCUUGGUGCACGAUGCCUGGAUCGUGACCUGGGCCAAAUCUGACACGGCGACGUUGACGCCCAAGCUGCCGACGCUGACCAGCGGCAUGAGGGUGCACACGUGGACGCCCGGUGAGAAGAUCCCCAAGGGCCGAGACGACGCGAACAAGGUGGACAACGGCGUCCAGUACAUGAGCCAGGGUGUGCUGUGGUUCUUGAUGGUUGGGAUGCCCAUCAUCGGGGCUCUCAUGGUCAGCUCGUGUGUGUGGUGCUGUGUACGGAAGUGCAAGAAGAACAGACGAGAGAAGAGGGCUAUCAAGGCCGCAGCAGCAACAUAG